GUGAUAAGCCAUUCAAGUGUGAGAUUUGCGGUCGGGCAUUCACCACUCGUGGUAACCUGAAGGUGCACAUGGGAACACACGUGUGGCAACAGAAUCCAUCGCGUCGUGGCCGACGUAUCUUCGAGUUCGGCACCGAUCCGACGUCACCGUUGCAUGCCGAGAUGCUAUCACCGCUGGGUGCUGGUGGUGGUGGACAUGGUCAAGGAGGAGGAUCGGAUACGCCACCGAUCCGGGCGCAGUUCGAGAACCCGUUCCGUGCGGCAGCAGCCGCAGCCGCAGCGGUAGCCUCAUCGUUUCCGCCGGAUCAUCCGAUGCGCAACGGCGGUCCACUAGGGCCGCCACCGUUCUCGUGUGCUGGUCUACCGUUUCCACUACCGCUUCUGCCCGCACUCGUUUCCGGUGGAUCCGCUGGAGGC